ACCCCUCGCGUGCCGUGUGUGUGUGUGUGUGUGGCGCGCGCGUGCAUGAUGAAGUGGGUGCGUGUAUCACUGAAUAGGCUUUUUACAAAGGAAGCAUUGGGAGACAAGGAGGAAGACAAAGGGAAACAGAAUCCGCUUUUGUUGAUUAUCUUGCUUUAAAACGUCCGCCACUUCAUUCCAAACAGUUAUCCACAAACGAGUCUUUGCAGCGGAAAGCAAAACAAAUCAUAAAAAAAAAGAAAGAACCACUCGUGCUGUUGGCAAGUUGUAACACAGAAUAUCUCAUAGAUGCGUAAAGCGAUCCUUCUUCGAGAAGUAACGGUUGAGUGCGCGCGGUCUUUCUGUGCGCAAAAACAAGGUCCACCCUCGCGGUCCUCAGGUGAGCGCUUCCACGCGCUGGAGACCUGCCGCGCACGGUGGCCGCCGACCACGUGCACUCUUUACUUCUGUGAGGUCCGUUUUUAUUCAGGCGCCUCCCCAACCACCCCCGCCGCCCCUCUCCCUCCACCUCCACCCCCCCACUAAACAAAAUUCUAUCCGUCAUUUCUAUCUCUCUCUCUCACUCCCGUUGGCCCCCCAUGCGCGCUGUGCCGUACCUCUCCAUCGUGUCGCAUCAUUAGACUACUGGAGGAGGGCCCCUCGCGGAUGACGGUCCCGUGGAGGGGAGGGUACGGGAGGCGGGACCACAGGCUUCUCCGCUUCUCGGCGCGGGCGAGUCUGGGACUAGGGCUGGAGAGAUCGCCGGGGAGCAUCGUCACCACUCCAGCACGGAGCGUCGCCUGGCCGUACACUGCGCCGUGCACACGUCGGGAUUGCACACCAUUCCAGAGAAAUAUACCCUCUCUUUAUGGCAUGUGGCUGGUAACUUUAUUCCUGCUGUAUUCUUUUCAAGAAGUGCACAGCGAGGAUGUUGUCUCGACGCGGCUGUACUUUGUGAACGCCUCCCUGCAGCGGGUCACCUUCUCCAGCUCCGUGGGGGUGUCCCUGCCCUGCCCCGCGGGCGGCGCCCCCCAUGCCCUGCUGCGCUGGUACCUGGCCACCGGCGACGACAUCUACGACGUGCCGCACAUCCGCCACGUGCACGCCAACGGCACGCUGCAGCUCUACCCGUUCUCCCCGUCCGCCUUCAACUCCUUCAUCCACGACAACGACUACUUCUGCACCGCCGAGAACCAGGCCGGCAAGAUCCGCAGCCCCAGCAUACGGGUUAAAGCAGUGUUCAGGGAGCCGUACACGGUGCGCGUGGCCGAUCAGCGCUCCAUGCGAGGCAACGUGGCUGUCUUCAAGUGCCUCAUCCCGGCCGCGGUGCAGGAAUACGUCAGUGUGGUGUCCUGGGAGAAGGACACCGUCUCCAUCGUCCCAGAAAUGGACUAG